AUGGACAGGGAUCGUGAGCGAGAUCGAGGAGAUCGAAGAGACGACAGGUACUCCAACACAUACCGUCCGCGUUCUCCUGGUCCUCGCCCGCGCUCUCCACGCGGAGACAGCUACCGAGCCCGUUCACCUCCUCCCCGCCGGGCUUCGCCUCCUCCUCGUCGCGCCUCGCCCAUUCGUCGCGGCAUAGCUUCGGCAGAUACAUAUGUUCCUGGUGGCCGUUCAUCGCGUCCGCGCAGUCGAUCGCCUGGUUUCCGGAGAAGAUCAAGGAGCCCACGUCGCGACGACAACUGGAGGGCACGCCCUCGAUCACCGCCUCGCCGAGCAUUCUCGCCGCGACGAGAGGAGCCUAGGCGUGAUGACUACAGGGCAAGGUCACCGCUGCCGCGACGAGACCGCGAUCAGUACGACUCCCCUCCCCGCAGAUACUCUCCGGCCCGCGACACUCGUGAUACGCGCGACUACCGACGCCGCUCACCCUCUCCAAGACGCGAGCGCCCCGAGCCUUACACUGCGGAUACAUGGAGGAGUCGCAGGUCUCCUUCGCCAGCGCGGCCAGCAUAUGCUUCGAACGAUGCGUCGGGUAGAGACUCCGCAGCGACGUCCCGCCGCUCUUCCCCACCACCCAUCCAUCCUAGCCGGGCUGCCCUCGUAGAAGACCGACCAGUCAGAGAGCCCGCCUCAGCACCACGAUCGCCUUUCCGUGAGCGCCUCCCCGAUAGAGGACGAGACUACAGUCGCGAGCGAGAGCGGUCGCCUCCACGUCGACGCGACAGUCCUCCGACAGGACCGCGCGGAGAUAGAGACUUCGCGCCUCCUACUGGACCAUCGUCGUCUUCGUACCGCAACGGCGACAGCAACUUCGCCAGAGCUCCACCAACGGGACCUUCCAGCAGGAGCUAUCCCUCCCCUGCGAUAUCCCCUCCAGUUGGACCUUCGAGCUUGACACCACAGGCUCCCUCCUUUCCCCGGGGCAAUAACCCUGUUCUAGCAGCGCCGACACGACCGCGUGGUGGUGGCCGCGGUGGCUUUGGAGGAUAUGAAGGACGAGGAGACUUUUCUGGGCCUUCCUCGCGACGAGGAUCUUGGGGCGCAGGACCACGAGGUGGAGGUUACUACGGUGGUGCGCCAUCCGGUCCGCGUGGUUCCAGCAGCGGACCUAGCGGAGCAGCACCCUUUGCUCCUUCAUUCCGCGGAUCUAACAACUCCACUGCUACAACUUACCCCCGUACGAUGCGCUUCCGAGACCAUCUCUCUGACCUUCCCAAGGAAAUCCCCGGUGGCCAAAGAGCACCGGAGCUGUACGACAAGAGCAAGAUUCUUAAGCUUGAGGCCGAGGCGCAGAAGUUGAGAGAGAUGAUCGAUAAGAAGGAAGAUGCAAAGAGGCAGAAACUCAGGGAGUGGGACAGUCUUGAACGCGAGGCGGAUACGGCUCAGCUGAGGGUUGACCUUGCAGAGGGUUCACUACGAAGCAUAAACGGGGAGGCGGAUGUCAGCGAUGCCUUCUAG